UGUAUAAAAUUACAUUUUUCGAUAGGAGCCUUGAUUUGAGUUCACUGAAAAAAAAAAGGAUUUUCCGUUGGUUUAGGAAAUCAGUGAGAAAAAUAUCUAAGAUGCUGAAAAACACAACUCGGCUGCCUAAAAAUCUACUUUUCCCCUAACAAAGGGAUGUUCUAAGGGAGCAUGUUUUCCGACUUAUCACGCGCCCUCAUAGCUCGCGUCCGAUAUCGGCUUUUUUUUUUUUUUUUUUAUAAAACUGAUAUGCAUGACUAGCGUGGCGUGGCAUAGAAAAAAAAACACUCUUUCUGUUUAUUCUUAUUUUCAUAUUAAAAAAAAAAAAAAGAGAUUCAAUAGCUAGAGAGAACCUCUGCUUGCCCCUUUUUCCACAUUUUGCUCUGUACCUUUUCUCUUUUUUUUAAUCUGCAAUUAUAUUUUACAUUUUAUCUUUUUAUUCUGCUUUCUAUUCACAAAUUCAUGAAACUUAGCAACUAAGUUCUUACUCAAUAUUUAUGUGUUUUUGUUUAAAGGCAUUAAAAUAUAAAAAUCUCUACAACUUUUGUGAAACAUCUUUGAACACUUACUUUCCUCUUCCUUAUUGGACUCAUUUUCUUCAAUUACCUUCAACAUUUCUCUUCAACUUUCUGCCUCUUCAAUUUGCCAUUGCUGCGAUUAAUAGCUUACAUACUGCAUUGGGCGCUCCGUUACUUCCUGGAUGGGUUGCUUCUGGCGGAGACCCAUGUGCUGAAGCAUGGCAAGGUGUACAAUGUAACGGUUCCAGCAUAAUAAGAAUAGUUCUAAAUGGUGCUAACUUGGGUGGACAACUGGGUGAUAACUUAAGAAUGUUUACAUCUAUCAAGGCAAUAGAUCUAAGCAACAACCAGAUUGGGGGCAAUAUUCCAUCCAAUUUGCCUGUUACUAUGCAAAACUUUUUUCUUUCAGCUAAUCAGUUCACUGGAAGCAUUCCAGAUUCACUAUCAUCUUUGACUCUGUUGACAGACAUGUCACUAAACAACAAUCUUUUGAGUGGAGAGAUACCAGAUGCCUUUCAAGCCCUUUCUGGCUUGAUCAAUCUGGAUUUGUCCAAUAACAAAUUGAGUGGGCAACUACCUCCAUCUAUGGAAAAUUUGUCUCGUCUGACCACUCUACGUUUGCAGGUCAAUCAGCUGUCUGGGACACUAGAUGUUUUACAAGAUCUUCCCUUAAGAGAUUUGAACAUAGAAAAUAACCUUUUCUCUGGACCCAUACCUGAGAAGAUGCUGAGUAUCCCAAGCUUCAGAAAAGAUGGAAACCCAUUUAAUUCCACUGUUUCCCCAUUGCCUGCCCCCACAUCACCAUUAGCACCUCCACAUGCACCACCACAUUCUGAAGCACCAAGUUCUGAUCAAGUGCCAACAUCUGAUCAAACACCCGGGAAACAUGCUGAUGGGCCUUCUGCGUCAGAGGGAGCUAAUUCUGGAGAGAAGAAAUUCUUAACUACUAAAAGGGUGGUGUGGAUAUCAAUUGCAGGUGUUUUGUUUUUUAUAAUAUUGGCGUUAGCACUUGUUCUUUUUAUGCCAAAGUGGAGCAGAGGAAGGGAAGAGGCCAGCAGAAUUUUCAAAAGGCAUCAAGUAGGUGAAUCUAGAGGCAACAGAGAGAACCUUGCUGAGAAUGGGCUCUUACCCACCACAACCAGUCAAACAGAGAAAGGCCCAAAAGAGGCAGUUACAAGACCAGAGGGAGGUAAUCAAGCAGUGAGGGGAAGAAUGGGGGCAAUUGCAAAGCCGCAGAAUGAAAAAGAGAGAAAUGUGGAAAGGAUGGGUACAACGCCAAGGCGAUUUGACCAUGAGCUAGACAUGAGUAGCUUCAAUAUGAUGUUGAUGGAGCCCCCACUACUUCCACCUCCACCUCCUCCUCCUCCUCCUCCUCCUCCACCGCUUUCUGAGAAGGUCAUUGUGAAACCAUUGGUGCCUGAUGAAGUAACUACUGCAAGGCCUUCUGUAAAACCUCGAAAGCCAUCUACAUUUGCAAAGUCUUUCACCAUUGCAGCCCUUCAACAAUAUACAAACAGCUUUUCACAAGAAAAUCUUAUAGGUGAUGGCAUGCUAGGGAGUGUCUAUAGGGCAGAACUUCCGGAUGGGAAGCUACUUGCAGUCAAGAAACUGGACAAGAGAGUUGCCAGCCAACAGAAGGAUGAUGAAUUUAUUGAGCUGGUAGAAAAUAUUGAUCAUAUCCAGCAUGUGAAUAUUGUUAGGCUGGUGGGUUACUGUGCAGAGCAUGGUCAAAAGCUUUUGAUCUAUGAGUAUUGCAGUAAUGGAUCACUGCAGGAUGCGCUGCAGUCAGAUGAUGAAUUUAGAAAGAAGCUUUCAUGGAAUGCCCGAGUUCGAAUGGUGCUUGGAGCUGCUAAAGCCUUAGAGUAUCUGCAUGAGGCCUGCCAGCCACCUGUUGUACACAGAAAUUUCAAGUCUGCCAAUGUUCUCCUUGAUGAUGAUCUUGAUGUGCGCAUCUCUGAUUGUGGUUUGGCUCGAUUAAUAGCAUCAGGUUCUGUAAGUCAGUUGUCAGGACAACUAGAAUCAAUUUAUGGCUAUGGAGCUCCAGGAUCUGAGUCUGGAAUUUACACUUCCCAGAGUGAUGUUUAUAGCUUUGGAGUAUUUAUGUUGGAACUGUUAACUGGCAGGGAAUCUUAUGACAGGACAAGGAGUAGAGGCGAGCAAUUUCUAGUGAGAUGGGCAAUCCCUCAGCUUCAUGAUAUUGAAGCAUUAUCUAGGAUGGUUGAUCCUUCUCUCAAUGGAGAAUAUCCUGCUAAGUCAUUAUCACGCUUUGUCGAUAUUAUUUCUCGAUGUGUUCAGUCUGAACCAGAAUUCCGGCCACCAAUGUCCGAAGUUGUUCAAGAUCUAUUGGAUAUUGUGCGAAGAGAGCGUCCCAGUAAUGAAUCCAAUGGAGACUGACUUGAGAGGCAGUAAGCAAUAAACCUGGUGAUAUCAGUUUAAGAAUGGAAGUCACAGAGAUUUGAUCAGUUAGGUGUUGAUUUGAGAAAAUACAUUAAUUGUAAAGAGGCAGCAGACAAAAGCUUAUCCUAACAAACCCAAGUUGCAUCCCAAGCUCGUACGUAAGAGGAGUUUUGAAGGUCAUCGUCCAAGGAACCUUAUUGCUGUGACUCUGAGCUGUCUGAAUUUUCAGGUCUGAUUCUUUGUAAUCAUUCUGUUGUUCAUUAAAUCACGUAACAAUGUCUUUGCUAUGGCAUAAAUAUGCUAAUCAUUUGUUUCAUAACAUUAUUAUUUGUUACCAAUUAUUCAUAUGAUUCUGUUCCCACAACGUGAUGGAUAGGUCCACUUUCUUUUGUUUGUGUUUUUUCUUUUACCUGAAUAGAUCAGUCCAUUGAUACGUACAACAUUUUAACAUUUUCUUGGUGUGUUUUAUUUUUGUUAUUUUGGACAGAUGGUGUGUGUUUUAUUUGAAAAAUAGAUAUCGUACAUAAUUUUCUAAACACCAUUUUGUAUCUAUACGACAUGUCCUGAGUGUGCACAGGCAAAUUUACAAGUAAGGUUGCCGAACUGCAGAAACAUUAUCUUAUGAGAGAUGCUUUCUUUUUUUCUGCUUGUUUGUAGAGGUGCUCGGUCCGUCAAUUCGGUCCUGAAAAAAUCAAAAGCAAAAUUAAUCA